AUGCCGUGUCGAGGUGUUGAAUUCAAAGCUCAUCGGUCCAUUUUUUGCACCCAGUCAGCCUUCUUCAACAACAUAAUCCAAAGUGGUUCCAAGGAAUCUACUGAGCAACCGGUCAUCAACAUCCAGGGAGAUACCCCAGAGAACCUGGCGCGAGUCCUAGCUUACCUCUACCGGGGAGACUACGAUGAUGUCGGACAAGACCUACACUUCCGAUCUACCACCGCCCCCUCUGAUGGCUCUGACGCAGUCAAGCAAGAGACCAAGUCCAAGCACACCGGUCCAGCACGGGAAAUCGUCCUAAACAACAUGAACGUCUUCCUCGCAGCCGAGAGGUUCGCAAUUCCUCCAAUUAAAUCUCUCGCAGAACUCAAGUCUUUGGAAUGGGUGCCGCAAACGCCAAUUCCCCCGUGGUCCCCAAAGUCGCUCGAGACGUCAUGGAAAAAGGUUGCCGCCCGUCAUGAAACAAAGUUACAGGAUGUCAUUCUCGCAGUUAUCUACAUGCAUAUUGAGGAACAUGUUGAGAAUCCUGAGAUGCUCGACUUCUUCGCUGCUUUCGGGGCCAUGGGGUCACUGAUUAUCGAGAUGCUUGUUAAGAGUGGUCGGGUGAAGUCAAUGGUUAAGCCUGACAGUAUUGGAAAACUGACGGCGGCUUUUACCUCGAUUUGUAGCAGUGAAGAUCUGAGUGGUUUUGGAUGUGAGGAUUGGUGA